CUUGACGUUUGUGGACGUCUGUGACUGGUGAUUGCGGAAAUAACUGCCAAGCCAGAAUAAAAUAAAUAAAGGAUUAAUAUCGAGUCUAAAGCCUCUAACACUGUCCACAAUGUCCAGGCAAUCCAACCGAACAACAGACAGCAAGAAGAUGGUAGGCGACUCCCGCGGGAUUAAAAGCAAACAGACCUGACGUUAGCUAGCUUAGCUAGCAAAAUGCUAAACGUAGCCGCCUAGCUAACCUGACAACUGGCUACGCGGUACCGGUGCGAGUCUUCAUUCAUGUAUAUAUGUUUGACAGGUGUGACAGGAGACAUGCAAACCGUAUAUGCUUUUAAAUCAGUUUACUAAAUAAGUGUUUAGGUCAUAGUUGAAUAACACUGGUUUCGAUAAAAUGUGUAGUUAUUUCCUUGUAGCACACAUGCUAAAUAGUAAGGCAACGUAGCGUUAGCUGAACCAUGGUCCCGUCCUAGCCCGUUCCCUACUUACGAUAACCUUCUAAAGGAAGUCCCAUAGUGUGCAAUAAUAACAAACUCUGAACUGUUCACGCUGACUUACGGGGCCCUGGUCACCCAGCUCUGUAAAGACUACGAGAACGACGAGGAGGUCAAUAAACAACUGGAUAAGAUGGGCUAUAACAUUGGCGUGCGCCUGAUUGAGGAUUUCCUGGCACGCUCCAGCAUCGGCAGGUGUCAGGAUUUCCGAGAAACGGCAGAUGUCAUUGCUAAGGUCGCAUUUAAGAUGUACCUGGGAAUCACCCCCAGUGUGACAAACUGGAGCCCAGCGGGAGACGAGUUCUCCCUCAUCCUGGAGAACAACCCACUGGUGGACUUUGUGGAGCUGCCGGACAACCACAGCACGCUGGUCUACUCCAGCCUGCUGUGCGGCGUCCUCAGAGGAGCCCUGGAGAUGGUCCAGAUGGCCGUGGAUGUGAGAUUCGCUCAGGACACUCUGAGGGGGGACAGUGUGACAGAAAUACGCAUGAAGUUUAUCAAGAGGAUUGAAGAGAAUCUCCCCGCAGGAGACGAGUGAUGGAGACGAAAAGAUCCCUCACGCAAUUUCUUGUGUCUGGUUCACGGGGGGACCGAGUCGCAUAGAGAACGCCGUCAGAGGACGAAUGAACUCGCAAAUCAAAACGUACAAUUAAGAGGUGUAUCUCAGUAAAAACCUCCUGGCACUGACCUGUGGCCAGCUGAAGAAAAAAGGUUUAUGUGUGAGCCUGGAUGACAUGUUCCUGCUGGGAAGAAGAGAAAGCCUCUGACCAUUUGUUUCGUAACAACCCUGAAAGACACUUUUUUUUUUUCAUUUUAUUGUCAAAAUAUCUGUCCUGUUUCUUAAAAGAAUUAUGUCCUUUCACUCGGCCGUGUAUAGACUUUCCUUUUUUUGUCUUCUUCGUGGCGCAUGGCUGGAAGGCCUUUAUGUCUUUUUUUUUUUUUUUUUUCUAGAAAUCACACUUUAUUUCUGCCAAUUAUAUGGCAUGUUAAUUUAUGUAGGUAGGAAUGUCAAAUAAAAGCGACAUUUAAUACGAUA